CCCAUCUGAAACUUUCUUUACUGAUGGGAUAACUUCUUCCACUGAAACAUCAAUGUGAAAGAAAGAACAGUGUGUAGUACUCUUUUUUUUUCCUCUGGUGGUUUCCCCUGCUGGUUUUCAACGCUCCGUACUGUGUGUUAUUCUGUGCACGUAGCGCUGUAUCGAAAUGGCCGAUGAUAACGAAGACCUGCAGGCAGAUGAAGAGCUCCCAGCUCCAGCUGAGGACAGCUUUGAGCAGCUGGAGAACGAUAGCCCUGCUGAGCGCAGCGGGCACGUGGCAGUCACCGAUGGACGCUGCAUGUACGUCUGGGGAGGCUAUAAGAAUGCCCAAGUGAGGGGAUUUUAUGACUUCUAUCUGCCUAGAGAUGAAAUAUGGAUCUACAACAUGGAAACUGGAAGAUGGAAGAAGAGUAAAACAGAGGGAGACGUUCCGCCUUCCAUGUCUGGAAGUUGUGCCGUGUGUGUAGACAGAGUGGUGUACCUAUUUGGAGGCCAUCAUGCACGUGGCAAUACAAACAAGUUCUACAUGUUAAAUUCCAGAUCCACGGACAAAGUGCUGCAGUGGGUCAGAGUAGAGUGUCAGGGGGUACCCCCUUCAUCAAAGGACAAACUUGGCGUUUGGGUUUACAAAAACAAGCUAAUAUUUUUUGGAGGCUAUGGUUAUUUUCCUGAAGGGAAACAACGGGGAACUUUUGAAUUUGAUGAAACCUCUUUUUGGAAUUCAGGUCUUCCUAGAGGGUGGAACGACCACGUGCAUGUUCUGGACACUGAAACUUUUACUUGGAGCCAGCCUAUAACUACGGGUAAAACUCCGUCACCACGAGCAGCUCACGCCUGCGCCACGGUGGGGAACAGAGGCUACGUGUUUGGUGGCCGAUACAGAGAGUCCAGGAUGAACGAUCUUUACUACCUGAAUUUGGAUACGUGGGAGUGGAAUGAAAUAAUCGCGCAAGGCAUUUGCCCCGUUGGCCGAUCGUGGCACUCUUUAACGCCGAUUUCCUCAGACCACCUCUUUCUCUUUGGAGGAUUCACCACUGACAAGCAGCCACUAAGUGAUGCUUGGAUUUAUUGUAUCAGCAAGAAUGAGUGGAUACAGUUUGAGCAUAACUAUUCCGAAAAACCAAGGUUGUGGCAUACCGCUUGUGCAAGCGAAGAGGGAGAGGUGAUCGUCUUCGGGGGCUGUGCCAACAACUUACUUGCCCAUUCUAAAGCUGCUCACAGUAAUGAAAUACUUGUGUUUUCGCUACAACCAAGAUCUCUCGUAAGGCUCUGCCUCGAAGCCGUCAUUUGCUUUAAGGAGAUGCUGGCCAGUUCUUGGAACUGCCUCCCCAAGCACUUGCUGCACAGCGUCAAUCAGCGCUUUGGAAGCAACAACACCUCGGGCUCCUGAGCCCGCUGCCGCCACCUCUGACCGGGCUGCGCACGGACGAGCAGCUCUAAGAAGAUGUAAUAACGUUACCAAGCGCGGCAAACAUUAAACUUGUAUAGGUUAAAUAUCUGUAUCGUCGUAGGUAGGUGCUUCUUGCCUUUAAGUUGCAUGUGAAUGGCCUAGAGAGAACCUAUUUUUGUGUAAAGACGUUUGCAAUAAAUGUAUUUAAUGCAA